AUGGAGCAGCCGGCCAGAGACAGGUCACCAAGAGGCCGUUCUCAAACGAGAAGAGGAGUUUCUUUGCCUGCAACAACCGGAUAUGCCCCUGGAAGUGCAUACGCCUCCGUCCCCUUUGUCUUCGAGGAGCAACUCAAUCGAGUCCGAAUGAGCAUGGACACUUUACAAGCAGAAGUUGGCAAGGCAGUUCGAGAACUUGCAGGUCACCAGAAAACUCUUGUUGACACCCUUGAGCGUCAGCAGCAUGAGCUGAAUGAUUUACGAGCCCAAAGAGUUCCAAUCCCUCCAAGUGCUUCUCAGUCAGUGGCGGCUGCCAAUGAGGAUCGCUUCGGUGCCAUGGGAGAAACCAGUCCUUUUACUUCUGGACAAGACCCGCCCAUCCAAUCGCCAGUGAAUGCUCAGCAAGGUGCAGGUGGACUUGCAUCGGCGAUGCCAAAUACUGCAGUGAAUGCGAGCUCAAGCACUGGACAUGGGGUAAAAAUUGUCUUACCCGAUGGUACGGAGAUCCCGUUGGGCGGCGAGUCAAAUGCCGCGGGUCCUAAAGUUCCUGGAUCCACACAGCUAGAUGCGCUGCAGAGAAGCGACAAGUGGCUGCCUAGCAUGCCCGUGGUCGAGUCGAAUCGGGGGAAAGCCGAAUGGAGGAGAUUUUGGGCAUGGAACAAAGUGAAAUUUUCUGCGACUUCUCCGCUGCCAAUUGACAAGAAAGAUUUGUCAACUGACCAGAUUUCCCGAAGCUCCAGGCUCAUGGCAAUGCUUCGCCAGACCUUCCAGAUGACUCCGCGAGCCAAAAUCAUUCUGCUUGCUUAUGUAGAAGGCCCUGGAGAUAAGAACGGGUAUGAGGCUUUGCGAAGGAUUGUCCAAGAAUACAUGAUCAAGACUCGUGCUGAGUUGAUGCAUUUCCACACAUCUUUGCUUGGCCGAACAUUCAAAGCUCAAACAGUGACAGAGGUAAUCAAGCAAAUUGAGUUCGAGGAGAGCCGGUACAACAAGCUUGCUCGGAUGUUGCCCUCGAAUGUACCAGCUUCCGAUUUGGCCCUGCUCCCUAGUGAUUUGGUGAUGGUCCUCAUCAAAUCCUUGCCUGUUGGUGUGAGGGAAUAUGUUGUCAUGCAUAGCCCAAGCCAUGACUAUGUGCAAAUGAAAAAUGCCGCUUUGUUGUACGAAGCCAACCAGAGAACUUGGACAGAGAUUGCAGGCAGCAGUUCUGCCACCUACAUGCAUGGAAUGUUUGACACGAAUGACAAGCCGAAAGGAAAGGGCAAAAGCAAAGAUGGUAAGAAAGGAAAGGGGAAAACAAAAGAUUCAAAUAAAGGUGCAGCUAAGGGCAAUGGUGAAAAGUCAGAGAACGAAAGGAAUGCCACGUGUUUCCGAUGUGGUCGCACAGGCCAUUUCUCUUCAAAUUGUCAUGCCAAGAAAGACAAGGAUGGCAAGCCGCUUGAAGGGAAGCCCGCUCCAAAGAAAGAUGGAAAGGGAUCUGGUGAAAGAAAGGUUCCAGCACAGGUCCUCAGAACAAAGGAAAAGGCAAAGGAUCCAAAGGUAAGAAAGUCAAUGAAAUGCUUGAGCAGCCUGAAGGCGAAUCGUGGCCUACCAAUGGUCCAGCUGAAAGUCAGGGUUCCAAUGGAGAUGGCAGCCGUGCGUCAGCUGCGAAGCAAGCAGCAGCCCCUUUGA